AUGGCGUCCGAGACGACCCCGUUGACGCUGAGCCCCAGCUUGCAGCGCUAUGCGCAGCAGGAGGCUCGCAACCGUAAUAUCCGUCGCGCGUUAAUCGCUGUGGUGUCGCUCAUUGGCGUUUGCCUGAUAGUAGUGUACGUGGUAGAGCCACCUUUCUUCAAGAAGAAGGUCGAUACUGAGCCGGAAGGUAUUCCUGUAACUACGGGGACUGGAAAUCAUGACGUCUUCUGCGGACUCACUACGCAAGACUCGGGAUACAUCAAACUACCCAACAAGGUCGACGACCACUACUUCUACUGGUACUUCGAGUCACGCAGCCAGCCAGCUACUGACCCGCUCGUGCUCUGGCUCACGGGAGGACCAGGAUGCUCCAGUAUGAUGGCGCUUCUCACUGAGAACGGACCGUGUCACGUACAGCCGGAUUUGUCUACGAAACUCAACCCGUACUCAUGGACGAACGAGAGCAACGUGGUCUGGUUGGACCAGCCAACGACCGUGGGGUUCACAUACGGCGACGAACGUGACUCCGACAACAGCGAGGACAACGUCGGGGAGAAUAUCUACUACUUUUUGCAAGGUUUCUUUGAGAAACACCCGGAACUUGCCGGUCGCGACUUCUACAUCACUGGCGAGAGCUACGGCGGCCACUAUGUUCCUGUAGCUGCACACUACGUUUGGGAACAGAACAAGGUAAACAUCGGAACGUCGAAGCACAUUAAUCUAAAGGGAAUCGCGAUUGGCAACGGUAUCACACAGGCUUCCAUCCAGCAACCACACUACGUUGACAUGGCGGAGAAGAACGCGUACGACAUCCCGCUUGUGGACGCCGCUCAACUUGAACAAAUGAAGGCCGAUGCACCUGUAUGUGGCGCAAUUCUCGGCGACUGUCCGCAGAAUAUCACGGCGUGCUUUGAAGGAACCGUGUUCUGCACGGAGAAGCUGUUUCUUCCGCUAUUAUCUGCCAACCGGAACCCGUACGACAUCCGCAUGCCGUGUACCAAGAUGGACGACCCGACCAAGUGCUACGACAUGUCGUAUGUCUCCAAAUACCUGGACUCUCCUAAUGUUCGUGAAUCUCUGGGCGUCGACUCGAAGCGUGUGGGUGCGUGGCAGGAGUGCAACAUGGACGUCAACAUGGCGUUCUACAUGACGGCAGAUAUGGCCAAGCCGUUCCACACGUACGUGGCGGAUCUGCUGAACGACAACCUGCGCGUCCUCAUUUACGCUGGCGACGCCGACUUGAUGUGCAACUGGUACGGUAACCAGGCAUGGACGCUAGCUCUCGACUGGAAGGGAAAGGAGGGAUUCAACGCUGCUCCGGAGACGACGUACACCACGGCCGACGGAACGAAUGGUGGCGUCGUGCGGUCGUUCAACAACCAGUUCACGUUCUUGAAGGUGUUCAACUCGGGUCACAUGGUGCCACAGGACCAACCUGCUGUGGCGCUUGACAUGCUUAAUAAGUUCCUCAACAACCAGUCAUUCUGA